UUCGACCCUUCCUUGCCCCUCUCGUUACUUUCUCAUAUCCUAAACUAGUUACAUCCAUUAUCCUUUAUCUCCAAAGCAUCUCUCUCUGGAACGGAAUCAAAGUACACACUCUUAAUUCUCUGCUAUCUGCUAUGAAGAAGCUCUGUCCCAAUCUUGAUCGUGAGGAUGGGCUCGAAACUGUGCUUGAGGUCCCUAUUCCAGAGGAGAUUUUCACACACAAGAGUGGAACCAUAAGAGCUUGGCAUAACAUGAAGUCUUGGAUGAAGCCAAACACUGAAUCGAGAUCAUCAGCAGCAGCUUCCAUGACAGCAAUGUUCGGAGGCCGAAACACAGAGAUUCAGCUUUUGUUAGGUGUUGUGGGAGCGCCAUUAAUUCCUUCACCUAUCACCUCUGACAACCAAUCCAUCACUCGCAGCAUUAAAGACCAACACAUUGAGGUUUCCAUGGCGAAAUAUAUAGUGAAACAGUAUGUGGCUGCUGUGGGAGGAGAACAUGCUUUGAAUUCAGUUGACAGCAUGUAUGCUAUGGGGCAAGUGAAAAUGGGAACCUCAGAGUUUUCAGCAGGGGAAGGGAGUGUGAAUAGUAAGAAGAUGGUGAAGGUGAAGAACAUGCAGAUGAAGGGAGAGAUGGGGGGUUUCGUGGUGUGGCAGAAAAGGCCAGAGCUAUGGUGUUUAGAGCUUGUGGUUUCUGGCUACAAGAUAAGUGCCGGAAGUGAUGGUAAAGUGGCAUGGAGGCAAACACCUUGGCAUCAUUCUCAUGCUUCUCGCGGUCCACCAAGACCCCUUAGGCGUUUUCUACAGGGGCUUGAUCCAAGGUCCACGGCUAAUCUCUUCAGCAGCUCUAUAUGCAUUGGAGAGAAGACAGUGAAUAACGAAGACUGUUUCAUAUUGAAACACGAAGCCGAGUCCUCAGCACUGCAAGCAAGAAGCAACAGCAACGUAGAGAUAGUUCGCCACACGGUGUGGGGCUACUUCAGCCAGAGAACAGGACUUUUGGUUCAGCUAGAAGACUCUCACUUGCUCAAACUCAAGUCCUCUGAAAGUGUGGUCAUAUAUUGGGAAACCAACAUGGAGUCCCUCAUACAAGACUACAGAACCAUAGAUGGAAUUCAAAUAGCACAUUCUGGGAAGACUUGGGUGUCCUUGUUCAGGUUUGGUGAAGGCCCUGAGACACAUUCGAGGACACAAAUGGAAGAGGUUUGGCAAGUUGAGGAAGUGGAUUUUAAUAUUAAAGGGUUGUCCAUUGAUUGCUUCCUACCUCCUAGUGAUUUGAAGAGAGAGCAUGAGAAAGAAGGGGAAGCUGCUGAGUGUGGUGGGGUUGUUGCAACCAAUGCCAAGUUACCUUACAAGAUUCGUUCAGCUUCUUUUAGGAUUAGUGCUUCAAAAGUAGCAGCCCUGAACUUGGAUGAUUCAUAUACCAGCGAGAGCGAUGAAGAUUUGUAAAUCUUUGUGUUCCAUCAUAUUUUGUAAAUAGACCAU